AUGUCCGAAACUUCUGACGAAUCAGCCGUCGUAGUUCUUCAGAAUAUCAGCUUUAAGAGCCGCGCCGAAACAUCUCACGGGUUUCGUGCGGUAAACAACUGCUUCCGGUCCAUCCGGUUCGCUCUACAUGACCAGGCAUAUGAAACCAGCCAGCAGAGAGAAAAUUCCGCCCGUCAUCUUGACACCUCAACGACGGCUGAAGAUCAGCAAGGCUGCCUGUCCUACCUGCUGCUGGCUUUUCAAAGCGGAUACGUAGCUUUGGUCCGUCGUACUGGUCAUAACGUUCAUUCAUACCGUCUUCAGGCCCGUCUGUCUACAUCGGCGCAUCGAAUGUUGAACUUGCCCACUCCCGAGUCACACUCAAACACGACAACUCGUCCAUGUCCCAAUUCUGGGUCCCAAAACUGA